UAUCUAUUUUUCAAUAUGGCUGCUCCCAUGAAAUGAAAAUUAUAAUUUUAGCGAUUUAUAACAGAGACAAAUAGAGACAUAAUGUCUGACGCAUGGAAUGAAAUUCAAGCUCUCAAAUCAAAGACGAGUAGUUUAAAAGCUAAGUUAGCCGCCCGAAAGAAGGAACGAGAAGGACUAGCGGCAGAACUUUCAAAAUCGUCCACAUCUCCGAUCAUUUCGGCAGCAAAACCGUCCCCAUCAGUGUCUGACGGUCCAAAACCAGACAGCUCAAAGAUUUUAAGCCGAGGGCCAUCCCCCAAAAAACAUGCAGUCAUUCCCAAGGCCGAGCCUAUCAAACAUGACCCAGAGGUUGAGAGACAGCUACUGCAUGUGUUGUGCGAUAUGGGGGUAGAUUCCUGCAAGUCAGGAGAACUCUGCAAGGAAACUUCAAAGGUCCUUGGAAGGGAAGCAAACCUUGACUUGGUUGAAAAUCUGCUCCAGAAGUUUGCUGCACAACAGAUGAUUGUUCUUUCUGAAGAAAAGGGAUCUAGAAGGGGUAAUCUCACUGUGCAGUCUGUAGAUUUAUCAAAGUUGUCCGCAGUCACUGAUGAUGUGUCAGAUAGCAGAAAGAGGAAGAGAGAUGAGAAAGCUGACCAGGACACAACGUCCCCACAGAGUAAACAGAGUAAACAGGACUCCAAAGUCAGCGUUGAGAGCCUGUUGGCUGCCCAGACGGCGAAGGAGAAGGAGAGUAAGAAAGUUACAGACGAGAUUCUUCAACUGUUGAGUGCUCCCACUUCCAAGGAGAAGAGCCUCAUGGAGAGGUUUAAGUCCCAGGGAGGAGCACAGUUGCAGGAGUUCUGUCAGUUUGGUACUCGGGAGGAGUGUCGCAUUUCUCAGCCAGGACAGGCGUGCAAAAAACUGCACUUCCGUAAGAUCAUACACAAACACACAGAUGAGUCUCUUGGUGAUUGUUCUUUUCUGAAUACAUGUUUCCACAUGGACACCUGCAAGUAUGUGCACUACCAGAUAGACUACCCUGAGAUGACGCAGAGGCUGAACCGAAAGGAGGCGGGCCUCAUGAAGGCCUCAGAUACGGACGAUCAGGUCAACAUGUUCCCUCCACAGUGGGUACAGUGUGAUAUCCGAAUACUGGACAUGAAAGUGCUUGGGAAGUGUGCUGUGAUAAUGGCCGACCCUCCGUGGGACAUCCACAUGGAGCUACCAUAUGGCACGAUGAGUGAUGACGAGAUGAGGAAAAUGCCCGUGCCAAAGAUGCAGGAUGAUGGCUACAUGUUCCUCUGGGUCACUGGAAGGGCUAUGGAGCUUGGCAGGGAAUGUCUGGAGCUGUGGGGGUACAAGCGUAUAGAUGAGAUUAUCUGGGUAAAGACAAACCAGCUACAGCGAAUAAUUCGUACAGGUCGGACUGGACACUGGCUGAACCACGGCAAGGAACACUGUCUGGUUGGUGUUAAAGGUAACCCCAAGGGGGUCAACAAGGGACUAGAUUGUGAUGUGAUUGUAGCUGAGGUGCGUGCGACAAGCCACAAGCCAGAUGAGAUUUACGGGAUAAUCGAGAGACUGUCGCCAGGGACAAGGAAAGUUGAGCUGUUUGGACGACCUCAUAAUGUCCAGCCAAAUUGGAUAACCCUUGGAAAUCAGCUUGAGGGAGUACGACUGGUGGAUCCUGAGAUUGUGACAAGGUUUAAGGAGAAAUACCCAGAUGGGAACUGUAUGGGUCUACCUAAAGAAGGAGUCAGAUAGGGUCAAGACCUUGAACUUUGUGGAGGAGUUCAUUCAUUCAGCCUUAAUCUUUUUGCAGAAUGUUAUUGAAGCAUUGAAAUUAAGUACAAAUACAUGUGUAGUGAAAUCAGGUGUCCUGGUGUGAAUAUAUAGAUCGCUGGCAAAGCUUUCCAUGUACUUUUUUGUAGUUACAUGUAUAUGUAUGUUUAUAACUAAGCAACAUUUUUUUAAAGAUAACAGACCCACUGUUUAAUGUGAGAAAGAUGAUCAGAUUCAUACAUUUAUCACUCAUGUUCUAAAAAUUGUCUUAGUUUUAAUACAAUGUUACAUAGUGUCUGGAUAUUUGAAUUGUUAGAACCUUUUUGAUGAAAUAAAUUACUGCUGUAAUAGUA